AUGAACAACGGAGGUGGUAGUGGGGGAGCGCCAACGGGACAGCAGCCUGCCCCGGGCGAGCAGCGAAGACCCAAUAUCCCGAUGUUCAAGCCCGAGCAGAUGCGCAGCCUACCUGAUGCGUUUAGCAGCGAUAAAGAGAAAUGGGAGAACGGGCUGAGGUCGCUGUGGAACCAGCUGCAGAGCAAUGGACCAGAGACUCAACAGCACCAGGAAGCCAAACGCAAGAUAUUCGAGUUCUCGAAGACCUUGACAGCGAAGAUGCAGAACUAUCGGGCGCAGCAGCAGCAGGCUCAGCAGGGAGGCGGGGCUGGAAUUGGAGGUUCUGGUGCUGCUCGACCAGUUAGUCAGGGCCAGCCGCAGGCAGGACAGGCUGGGGAGAAUAGUGCACCGAAGCCAAAUCCUGAGCAGAUACAGCAGCAGGCAAAGCCGCAGCCUAGAGUCUCGGCGAAGGUUAUGGACCAUGUCGCCAAGUUCCCCUAUGUUGUACCUGCGAACGUGAACCCGAAUAGCCCUGAUGCCUUGAAGUGGAUUGCGGAGGCCAAGAAUAGGUACUUGAAGGGCCUGGUAUCUAUGGAAAAUUCUAGUACUAGACUUACGCAGAUGGAUGCUAUGGUACAGAAGAGGAUGAAUGACGGCAAACCCUUGAACCCAGAGGAAGACAAGGACUACAAGGAGAAGAAAGAGGCGUUACAGAAGGCACAUUCCGAGGCCAAGGGGUUCGUGGAUACAUUCCGUCUUCAACAGACACAAGCCAAAGCUUCCAGAGAUGCUAGAGAUGCUUCCAAUGGUGGUCAAGGAAGUCCUACACAGCCGCAAGUUGGUGGUGCGCUUGCAAAUAAUGGUCAAGCUGUUCGUCCUCAGAUGAAUCCUCAACAGCAGCCUCAAAACCCAGCUUUGCAAAACACCCAGACAGUGAAUGCUGCGAUUGAAGCCGCCAGAAACCAGCAGAUGGGCGGUGCUCGACCGCAAUUGCCACAGAAUGGGCAAAUGUCGCAACCAGGGCAGAUGCCAAAUUCCACCGCCCCUUCCAUGCCACACCAACCCGCUGGCCAAAACCCUAACCCAAAUAUAAAAAUGGAAGGCGGCGUCCCACCUCCAAUAAACACGGCGAUAUCGCAAAUGCAACAACGGCCGAAUCUCAAUUCUCCACAAUCAGCGGUCCCUCAAUCAGCCGGUCCGCCUCAAUCAGCUACAUCACAAGCGCAGCAAAUCCCUCGUGCGUUAACUCACUCGGCUGCAUUAACGCAGGCGGCGAGAAGCUAUUCCAACGGAGGCGCACAGAAUAAUUCUCAACCGCACGUCAUGGGUCACUCGCACCCCUCGCAACGCGAGACACAGAACAUCGUCACCAACAAGAUGCCCAUUCCCAAGUAUCUAGACGAGCGCUCUGCUGCACCGCCGCAACCAGUUGCGAUCAACCAAUCGCGUCCUACGUUCUCUGGCGGCCCUAGCAAUAGUGGAAGUGGUGUUAUGGCUCAGCCGGUCCUGCCCAAGACGCCGGGUUUCAAUAUGGCGAGUGACGAUAAUCGUGUGUUGAGUCGGAAGAAGUUGGAUGAGCUUGUCAAGCAGGUUACGGGUGGUGGUCAGGGUGAUGGGCCGAGUCUUAUGCCGGAGGUUGAAGAGUCUAUGCUCACAGUCGCCGACUCGUUUGUCGACCAAGUCCUGCACAACGCAUGUAAGAUGGCCAAGGAGCGCGGUAGCAAGGUCCUCGAGAUCCGGGAUAUCCAACUCACUCUUGAACGCAACUACAAUAUCCGCAUUCCCGGCUACGCCAGCGAUGAGAUUCGUACUGUCCGCAAGAUUCAACCUGCUCCAGCUUGGAUUGCGAAGAUGUCUGCUGUGCAAGCUGCUAAAGUCACUGGGGGGCGCCUUGCGGAUAGACGCCAAGUAGACGAUAUGCCCAGCAAGACACCUCACACUAACGGCUCCGAUCCUGUCGGGAAUGGUGUUAAUGGAGCUAAAGACGUCGAGAUGAAAGACGAUGCGCCGACAUCGAUGAAGGGUGGAAAGGGCAAGAAGGCCAAGGAAGGCGACGAGGAGAUGACGGUCGUUGUGCCGCCUUCAAAGGGCCAGAAGCUUGCUGGUCUGGGGAAGAAGGAUGGUGAGGGUGAUGUGGCUAUGGAUGGUGAGGAGGCUGUUGAGGAGGAUGGUGCUGUGAAGGUUGAUCCUGUAGCGAAGGCUGUAGCUGAUAUCAAGGGCAGUUUUCCAUUACUGGAACGCGCUGUUAUGUUGUUCGAUGCAAGAUUCUCCCUCCGAGCCCUUCGAUCAAUCUCCUCUAUCCGCAAACGCCUUACACCCGAUAUCUUAGCGCAAGUCAUCACAGAGACAUAUGCAUCGAAAGGUCCUGCGGCAGAGUCACUUCUGUACGCCAUUGGUAGAGAGAAUGCCACCUUUGCAAAACCAAGCUCGACAGAGAUGGAAAUUGAUUCAGAGGCCAAGGCAAACAAGGCUGGGAAGAAGGAAGUCAAAGAGAUCAUUCCCGAAAUCGAGAUCUUCCUUGGUAUUUUGAUUCAAAUCUACUACCUAGACAACAAGACCAACCAGAAGGGCGCCGAUGUUUCACAGUACCUGGCUGAGCGGAUACACACUCUGAACCGCCGAACUCUGGAUUCUCUUUCUGCCCGUGUAUACUUUUACUACUCCCUCUUCUGUGAACAGAUGGCACCAUUGCCUCCAUCGCCUUCAUCACCUGUUGUUUCCAUCCGACCUGCUCUUCUCUCUGCUCUUCGGACAGCGGUUCUACGAAAGGAUGUUGAUACUCAAUCUACGAUUAUCGUUCUGCUUCUACGAAAUUACCUAUCUACCUCACAUAUCAGCCAAGCCGAUCUUCUCGUAUCACACACAAGACUCCCUGACAGCGCAUCGAAUAACCAGGUUGCGAGAUAUCUGUACUACUUGGGUCGAAUCCGUGCUAUUCAGUUGCGAUAUACCGAGGCUCAUGAGCACUUUACUGCUGCAACAAGAAAGGCGCCAUCAAGCCCCAGCGCGGCAGGUUUCUCGCAGAGCGCAACCAAGUUGUUGCUUGUGGUUAAGCUGUUGAUGGGUGAUAUUCCUGAGCGUGCUACUUUCCGUGACCAAAGCAUGGAGCGCACUCUGCAGCCAUACCUCCAACUUGUACAAGCCGUACGAGUUGGCCUUCUAGGUGAGUUCGAGACUACCAUUAAGCAAUAUGGCGAGACUUUCCGACGAGAUGGCACAUAUACUCUUAUCCUCCGCCUUCGACAAAACGUCAUCAGGACUGGUAUUCGCAUGAUGUCCCUGUCCUACUCCCGAAUCUCCCUUCGCGAUAUAUGCAUACGAUUGAAGUUGGAGAGUGAGGAGUCUGCGGAGUACAUUGUUGCCAAGGCUAUUAGGGAUGGUGUUAUAGAGGCUUCUUUGGACCGCGAAAAGGGGUUCAUGAAGAGUAAGGAGGUUGGAGAUGUAUACGCUACGAGGGAGCCGGGUGAGGCGUUCCAUGACCGUAUCCAAGCUUGUCUUGCGCUUCAUGAUGAGAGUGUCAAGGCUAUGCGAUUCCCAAUGAACCAACAUAGACUCGAGCUGAAGAACGCCCAAGAAGCACGGGAACGCGAACGUGAGAUGGCAAAGGAGAUUCAGGACGGGGAUUUGGAUGAAGAUGAUCUUGGAGGCGAGUUUGAGGGAAUGUAA